UACAUUGCAUAGACAAUAUUGUUGUCAUUUGAGAAGAAGAAGAAAUGGUCAAAAUACUAUCUUUAUCAGUCAUAAUUGCACUAGCCUUAUGCCACGGUUGUGCGCAAGGAGCGCCACCGACGGCGGCGGCUCCGCCGCCUUCCGCCCAGGAGUUCUUGGAAGCGCACAACCAAGCACGGGCGGAAGUGGGCGUCGCCGCACUGAACUGGAGCCCGAUGCUCGCCACCGCCGCAAGUCUAGAGGUCCGUUACCAGCGGGACAAGAAGAACUGCGGCUUCGCCGACACAAGCAGCGGCAAGUACGGCGGCAACCAGAUGUUGGCGGGCGGAAUGGCGGUGCCGCCGCGCAUGGCGGUGGAGAAUUGGGUUGAAGAGAAGAGCUUCUACGACUACGCUAACAAUUCCUGCGCUUCAGACCACACGUGCGGCUCGUACACCCAGGUUGUUUGGAAGAAAUCGCUGGAAUUGGGUUGUGCUCAGGCGACUUGUACUAAAGACCAGGUUACCUUAACCAUAUGUUUCUACAAUCCUCCCGGAAACAUCAUCGGAGAGAGGCCGUACUAAUGCGUAUCUUGGUCUUGUUAACCCAGAGUCAAGAUUCAAGAUGUUCUUCGUAUCCAGAGAAAUAAGAUUUAAAUAUUAUUGGUCAAAUAAUGGUACUACAUUGUACUAAUGCUCGGUUGUUUGUCGGAUUAAGUUUUCCUUAUGAACUAUUUGUGCAUUAAUUCCAGCUUUCUUUAAUUCCAACCAAAUUUGUCAGGCUGUUAAUUUGAUAA